AUGCGCGUCGCCGCGUCGCGCUCCGCGUCGACGUCGGCGCCGUCGUCGGCGUCGUCGUCGCGACGGGCAUCGCGGCGCGACCAUCCCGCGUUCGCCGCGCCGUCCGCGCUCGAUCCCGGCGCGUCCGUCCGCGUCCGGUCGCCGCUUCGCGCGGCGCAGCUCGCGGUCCUCGACCCGCGCGUCGCGAACGCGGUCUCCGGCGCGGGCGCGGGCGUCAUCGCCGCGACGGUCGUGUGCCCUCUGGACGUUCUGAAGACGAGGCUGCAGGUUACGCCGGGGGGUUCGCGCGCGUACGUCUCCACGUACGAGUCGCUGUCGCACAUCGUGAAGAACGAAGGGCCGAGGGCGUUAUACCGCGGGUUAACGCCCACGAUCGUGGCGUUACUGCCAAACUGGGCGGUGUACUUCACCGUGUACGAGGGUUUGAAGGGCGCGAUGGCGAGAGCCGCGGGCGAGGGGGGCGGGAGCGAGCGCGCGGGCGGAGAGCGCUCGCGGCCGCUGCGGCACAUGCUCGCCGCCGCCGGCGCGGGCGCGGCGACCGUCCUCACGACGAACCCGCUCUGGGUCGUCAAGACGCGCCUCCAGGUGCAAUCCAGCGCCGCGCUCGCGAGCAGCCUUCCCCGACGCGCGCCGUACACGUCAACCGCCAACGGGCUGUACCGACUCGCCACCGAGGAGGGCUUACGAGGCGCGUACAGCGGCCUCGCGCCGUCGUUGCUCGGGAUCUCGCACGUCGCGAUUCAGUUCCCGGUGUACGAGCAGCUCAAGCUCGAGAUGGCGCGGCGUAAGGGCGACGGCGCCAGGGUGACGGAUCUCGCCGCGUCCGAGCUCAUGGUCGCCAGCGCCGUCGCGAAACUCACCGCGAGCGUCGUGACGUACCCGCACGAGGUGAUACGCUCGCACAUGCACGUGCGAGGGUUCGGGCCGUUCGAGGGGGUGUUUUGUCUGAUGCGUAGGAUACAUAGAGAGGGUGGGGGCGUGCGGGCGUUCUACAGAGGCGUCGGGACGAACUUGAUCAGGACGACGCCCGCGGCGGCGAUCACGUUUACGUCGUACGAGCUCAUCAGUCGGAAGCUGCGCGCGAUCGGCGACCGCGUGCGCGCUGACGGGGAGUCGGGCGACGCGACCGGAGGCGACGCGCGUUGA